GUUGGGGGGGGGCGCGAGUCGGAGAUAUCUCGACCAUACCCUCGGCAUUUUCUCCCCUGUAAGGUGGGAGGUCAGCGGUUGGUGGUCAUGCUGUCCCUGGACGAGCCCCUGGACCUGAAGCUCCCUCGGCGGGCGAAUGGGUGGGACAGAGGGGUGCGCUCUACCCCCAUGUCCCCGCUGCACCCCAAGCGAGCGCGCCUGCUCCACAUGACGGACGACGGCACCGCGGUCAUAGAGCCCGCCUCGCCAGCGUCUCCACAUACGGGUGUGCAGGUGGUCCCCAAUAAUCGGGCAGACACCCCCACGCCCCCUGCCGUGGACCUCAGCAUGUCUCCCUCGUCCCGUCACGGCCCCAGCUCUCCGGAAAUGACCAACGGCAACUACAUGUCCUCAAAUUGUCACAUGUCACAGGCCUUUCAGUUCUUCAUGCCGAUUGGAGCUGGGGCGGGACUUCACCUGCCGUCUUCCAUGUUCAUUGGCCAGACGGGCGACAGGAGGGCCUCUCCUGACCUCUCAGCGGAUGAGCAACUGGCCUGCCACUGGAAGAAAUGCCAUCUACUCUUUGACUCCCUGCAAGACCUGGUGGACCAUGUCAACGACUUCCAUGUCAAGCCCGAGAAGGACUCUGGGUACUGCUGUCACUGGGAGGGCUGCGCUCGCAAAGGGAGGGGUUUCAAUGCUCGGUACAAGAUGCUUAUCCACAUCCGCACUCACACUAACGAGAAGCCCCACCGCUGUCCCACCUGCAACAAGAGCUUCUCACGCCUGGAGAACCUCAAGAUACACAACCGGUCCCACACAGGUGAAAAGCCCUACAUUUGUCCUUACGAGGGUUGCAACAAGCGCUACUCAAACUCCAGCGACCGCUUCAAGCACACGCGCACACACUAUGUGGACAAGCCGUACUACUGCAAGAUGGUGGGCUGCCUGAAGCGCUACACGGACCCCAGCUCUCUCCGCAAGCACAUCAAGGCCCACGGCCACUUUGUGACUCAGGAGCAGGGCUCCCCGGGGGGGGUGGGCUCGCUGCUGAGGGGGAGUCAAAGUGGAGUGCUUGCCGGAGGAGGGGGCAAGGAUUCAGAGCUGUCCUACCUGAGUGCGGCCCACAUUAUCAUCCCAGGGGCGGCGGCGGCUUUCCUCGGAGGCCACGCCCUGCAGGGUCUGGGCGGUGGCCUUCCCCUGUCCCCCCUCAGCCCUCGGCCCCUGGAUCUCAGCGCGCUGGGUUGCCCCGGUUCGCCUCAAGGCAGCCUGGGAGGCGCGCCCAUCCUGUCCUUCAACGGGUCUCCGCUGGGCCUGGCCAAGUCCCAUCUGCUCUCGGCGGGCUUCCCCUCCUCGGCCCUGGGCCUGUCCAUGAUGCCCUUGCUGGGGGCUUCGUCUGAGCGGAGGUCCCACAGCAGACAGGCCAAGAGGGGCCGGAUGGAGGAGGCAGAGAACGGGUCGACCGGGGGGGUCUUGAACCUUUCCGCGGGAUCCCAUGAUCCCCUAUCGUGGGUGGUCAUCCCCCCAGGCACUGUUGUGCUCAAGCCAGCUGUGGUCAACUGAUACACACAAACGCGCACAAACACACACUUACACACACACACACACAUUCCGGAAGGGCUCAGGGGGUUGGGAUGGGAGGGUGAACGCCAUAGUGGGGGGGUACACGCGGCCAAAGGUGAUGGGGACUGGCUCGCACAAUCAAAUCCAGGCAGUGCAUUUCGUUUUGGAAACGGCAAAAAAAAAAAAAAAAACUAUAGAAACUGAUCAAAACCCUCAAUCAGCAAAACAAUAGACGACCCUUCACCUCACAGGAACAAGUACACAACGCAAGCCUCUUCUAUUGAUGGGAAACUAAACAUGGGGCCCAAGAACUCUGUUCAGGACCAUUUAUGGCUCCGUAUUUCUUUCUAUACCACGAGGCCCGACAAUGGGCUCCUCUCCGCUUUCUUAUUUUGUAUUUCAUUCUUUAUUCAUUCCUGUUUCCUUGAUGUGACAGUCUUAGUGCUCUGUGUUCUUACAAAAGUCCGGACUCAUUGAUAAGUAUUUAUAUAAAUGUACUACAUAGACGGUGUGCCUCCAGCGUAGCACUGAGAUAGAUAUACCGUGUUACUGAAUGACGCACUCGCAGUUAGGCAAACUUGCACGUAAUAGGACGAUUCUCCACAGUUGAUUUUGAAGUUUUGACCUAUUUUUCACAGGCAGCUGUGAUAAAUAUGACUCAGACAGGCUUGCCAGACCAAAGCAAGUGAACUCAAACUGUCUUGGAUUUGCAGUUUCAGCCCUGAGACAGUUAAAUUAAACAAAGCACUUGGCGUAUACGAGUGUCAACUGGUUGAAGUACUGAAACCUCAAAACUGCUGCUAACCUCUCAGCUCCCCCCCAGUGUUACAUGAACUGGGAGAGAGCACUUUUGACAAUCUGUCCCCAGUUUGGGGAGGGUGACCAAUAUGGACCCGUCUGUGUGCAGACUAGGGGCUUUUUUUUUUUUUUUUUUUUUAAAGGGCCCACAGCGAACUGAUGACUUAACAGACAGACGGUUUUCGCAUCAGCUGACAAUGACCGACCCGCUCACUCCCUCACGUGCACUAGUGAGACGUCUGGCUGCCCCCCCUCUGGCGGGACUCGACGCGCAAAACGCCCCGCUCUCCCGUUUACACCGCUCGCACUGUCCUCCCUUCCAGGACUGUCCAGCUGCUUUUACCGUAAUUGAAUCCACACAACCGAUUUGUGUCGGAAAGGGCCGACGUGGUGAUAAACACUGGCGUCUUGUUGUUGUGACCCAAUCUGUAACCAGCUGUAAAAAACAGGUGGUCGGCCGGUUGAAGUUUAGUCAAGCUCCCAUGCGGUGCCAAAAACACGUGGAGAGCGGGGGGGGGGGGGGGGGGGGGGCGGUUAUUGUGCCUCUGAGGGGGUCGUGAUGCACUCGAUGCCACAUACAGCUGGACUGACUAGGAAGCCACACUAUUGCAAACUGCCUCAUUGAACUCUGUCCAAAGGGGCAAAAAAAAAGGAAAAAAAUAGAAAAAAGACUCACUUGAAGUCUGGGAAAACAUUUCUCGAGGUUCAAUCAAGCGGUCUACACGCACUUACCACAUAUUAUAUUCCUCACAUGUUUUACAAAAUGUUACUGCCAAGUGAUGGUUCUUUGAAAAAAAAAAAAUAAAUAGGAAAGAAAUGUAAUUUUUGCCAGGGUCUUCAUGGCGGCGGAGGCUUCGCGUGCCCGCCCGGUGCUCGUGCAUGUGCGAUGCAAAGGGGAGCAGGAGAGGAUCGUCACACCACCAGGAUCAUUCCCUCAAGAGACUGUCACACACCACCCUCCUUUUUCACUCCUCCAUCCCUGCUUGUGUUGGGUCUUACUUUUUCCAAUGCCCAGUCUUAGAGAUAAUUAGUUGUAAGCUGUUUUUUUUUUUAAAUUGUUUUUUUUUUAUUGUUGUCACUUUUUUUUAUGCUGUUCAGACGAGACAUUUUUUUCUGAUGUUGAAGUUGCUUGUUGUGUUCUGUGACGGCUGCUCUGCACUCAGCUUUCUGCUGUCGAGGAUGAGUCCUUUGAGGGGUUGAGGAGAAGACGAGGGAGCGACAGGAGGAGGUUUGGAGACGACCUGUGGGGUCAGUGACGAGCUAAAGAAGGAGACCUCUUCUGAGGGGGGAACUGAGAACAUCUACAUCUGGUGGACCAAAUUCUAUCACAUUCCUCCGUGACGAUCACAUUAAGCGAUCGCUUAGAUACGGCCUAGGCAUAAAAUAUGAGUCCAUAUGAAGCGUCCUGACGGAGUUAUCUCCGGGGGUAAAUUAGAUCUGCAAACUGUGCUCCUUUCGUUCUGACUUUUAACUUCCUCGGAGAAACAACAUCCGACUGUGAAAUGGCGCGCGGUGCUGGGAAAGCAUGGGAGCAAACAGGGACAGGAUUGGCUGAAUGAAUGGACAAGGGAGAGGAAGAGACGAGGGGGGAGAGGCAGCGGGCCAGGGGGGGGAGAAGAGGCAGAGGAGAGCUGUUUUCCCGUGCAGCCGGCCUCCAUCUGGUCACCGGGCCGGCGAGCGGCCCUCUCGGCUCUGAAGACACCGGCUGCGCUCGAUGUGGCAGCGGCUCACAGGCAUACCAGCCGGCACAUAAACUAGGCCACUGAACUCUGACUGCCCUCUGGUUUUGUUUUUCCUCUUCUUUUUAAAUUGUUAUACUUUAGAGAUAACCCCCCCGAAAAAGCUCCACUUCCCCACCUCCUGGCCACAAAGUGUUUGACCAGAGAUGUGGAAAACAGGCCGACUAACAAGCCGCGUUUACGCUUAACAUCAACAAAUACAACCCUUCCUGUUUGGGGCCUCCCAACAGGCGGGCGGAUUCACAGCAGGGAUGAACCGCGUUCCUUUUGUUUCUGCUGCAGUGGUUCUUACUCAUCGUCGUUUCCUAAACCCCCCCCCCCAUCUUCUAGAACACAUCAGCAGCCCCUCUGGCCGGGCAUUGCAGUGAAUCUCUAGUUGUCAGUGGACAACCUUGGCGCGUGACGUCAUCAGAAACAGGUGUUAAGUAGGCUAGACGUGGUUUCCGUGGCAACAGUGAACCCACAGAUGCGGCGGCUCUCCUCCCUGUCUGUCUCUCCUCUGCGGACCGGAGCUAUAGGGACACAGAAAGUGGCGGCAGAAAGCUGAAUAAUACGACACGGACCCUCGCAGGGUCCACAUCUUUUCAAUAUCAAAUAAGCUGUAUGAUCCAUUAACCCUUUGAGCUCCGUCUGUAACGAGCUGCACUUUUGUUCCCCUCAUAACGUGUGUGGAUACGGGGAUGUUGCCACGUCCUUCGCCAUUGUACAGCGUUGUUCAGCAGUUGUUCGGAAAACAAAGAAUAAUUGUAAAAUGUAUCCUGAGUCGUUAAAAUAUCGGAAUUUGAUGUCAUUUUUUUUACAGUAUAAAAGUGGUACCUGCUCCUGGAGAUUUUAAAGUAACCCUCACUUAAUUCUACGAAAGGUGGAACUGAAAUCCAGGGCACAGGUUUUGUUUCAGUGUCAUUGUAAAGGAUUGCCAUUGACCGAAGAGCCACAGUGUUGCACAAAGGGUUAAUGAUAAGACUAAGGCCACGCAAGGCCUGUUCCAAGUUAUGUUUUUUGCACAUUUGUGAGAUAUUGUCAGUAUUUUAAUUUUUCCAAGUGCCUUUUUAUUACAGGUAAAAUAAAGAAGUUAUACACUAUAUGAAAAAAAAUGAUUAUAUGAAAAUAUAUUUUUCCUGGCGUCAUGUUCUGUGUUUGAACAUGCAGAAUUUUAGAGUUGUAAAAGUCUCAAGUUGGUACAGAAUAGCAAUGUUCUCCUGUUUUAGAGGAAUUUUAUUACGAUAUUGAUAAUAUUGUCAAUGAAAAGAAAAAAAAGUUUAAUAAAGUUGUAUUUGAUA